AUGAACCACGCUACUCUGAAGAAAUGGAAUAGUUGUCCCGGGGAGUUGAAUAUACCACAGAAAGAUGUCUCGGGGAUGAAACGACUUCAUAUCUACGACUUCGACAACACUCUAUAUAAAUCCCCAAGUCCCAAUAGAAUCCUGUAUUCAAAUAGAGCAAUACGAAACCUCUUGACAAACGAUGUCAUGACUACUGGGGGCUGGUAUGAUCAGCCUUGUUUCUUGGAGGAAUCCUUCAAAAUGUGCGUGGCGGACACUCAGCAACUGUUUUGGAACGAACAAAUGCUCUCGUUGACAAGCUUAUCCUAUCGGGAUCCGGAAACGAUUUCGAUAGUGUUGACAGGAAGAAAACAAGAGCCGUUUUCUUCCUUGAUGGAGAAGAUGUUGACGGUGACAAGAAAGUUGGCUGUUGCUUCAGAAGAUAAUGAUUCACUUUACAACAAAUGGUCAAAGGAUUCGAAUUUUUUAAAAUUUAAUGCGGUAUGCUUAAAGAAACGUAUAAGUAGACAAGCAUCAAAUUUACCAACUUUCCAAUAUAAAAGUUCAUUGAUAGCUGACUUCAUUAGAAAUUAUCCGAAUUUAGAAGAAAUUACAGUAUAUGACGAUAGAUUACAACAUAUUAAACAAUUCAAAUCAUUUUUCCAUCAAAUGAGACCAAGACCACGAUUUCAAUGGUUUGUAAUACCGGUACCACAACUAAGCAUCAAUCUGGAUCCCGUGGCAGAAUAUUCGUUAGUACAUCGAGUAAUUCAAGAAUGUAACGAAAGAAGAUCCACUAACCAACAACUUUUGGAAAUUAAAUGGACUCCUAAAUGUACAGGGUUUUUCUUAACCAUGGAAUCACAACGGAUAAUCUUGAAACAGGCCUUUCGACUCACAAAAUUAAGUAACUUCAAAAAAAUCAACAAUAUUUCAGAAUAUCCAAUGUAUGUUCCAAUUUGUGAACCAGGUCAAUCCAUAUCACUAAAUACAAUUGCACAAAUGUAUGUCAAUCAUGAGAAUGCCGCGACAUCUUUGGAAUUCUUAAACAAAUUUUAUAAUCAAAGGAACCCAGAGCAUAGAAAGAAUGUAGAGUUUAUAGUGACUCAUUACGUUUCUAAACCAAUUCCUACAUCAAGGGAAAGAGAUAGAGUAGGUUUGGUAUAUUUCAAAGUAAUACCUAAAGAUAGAUCAACAAAGAUUAUAACUACUUUUGAAGCAGGUGCUUCUUUGGUAAUUAUUGGUCAUUUAACGGAAAAACCUCCAGAUCAAUAUAUUCAUUAUAAUUUUGAUGAUGAUUAUAUGAGAGAAAAUGGAAUGGCGUGGACACCAUUAAAAAAUACAGUUACGAUAGAUACAACAUUUGGAAAUUAUUCUAAAAUGAAAUUUUAA